CUUCAACAGCAGAAGAAAAAGGCGGAGGAGAUCAGCAGCUUCCGGCGCACGUGGGAGAAGAAUAGAAUCAUGGCGCCAGGAGGGAAGAUAAACAGACCGAAAACGGAGCUCGGAAAGAAGCUCUUCAAGCGGCGCAGAGUUUUGGGUCGACAGAAGAAGAAGCAGAAUCAGAUCGUUGGAGCCGUGGUGGACCAGGGCCUCAUCACCACCCACCACCUGAAGAAGAGACGGUCCAGUCCCAGAGCCAACAUCACCCUUUCAGGGAAGAAGAGGAGGAAGCUGCUCAGGCAGCUGCAUUAUACGCUGCUGGAGAAGUCCUCCAUGGAAGUGGUACCAGCACCACAGAAGAAGCAGAACUCCUCUACAUCAUCAUCGUCAUCAGCUGCUCCUAAGAAGAAGAAGAAGAAGAAGAAGGAGGCGGGGUCUGGAUCCCAGGGUGACGUGGAGAUGGAGGAUAUGGAGUGAACCGAGGUCCGAUCUCAGCAGAUGUUCUUCAACAGAAACCAGAACCAGCUGCUGUGGAUCAAAGCAGCUUUUCCAGGGAUGCAUCUGUUUGGGUUCAUAUGAGGCACCGAGAACCAAAGCUGCAGAUUUAUUUCUGGUUCUGAGUGUAGAGACUGUCCACAACAUGAACUGACAGACAUUUUUACUGUUCCGCUGCUUUAAUUAAAGAAGUCCGAAUGCUACUCC